GGCGGGGAGUGGAGGAGGGAGGGGGGCGUGUCGGGAGGGAAAAAAAACCAUUUCCGCCCGUCUCGGGGCGGAGCCAACUCCGCGGCUGCUCUGAGUUUCCGGGCUGCGCAGCCGCCGCCGGGGCUUCAGGAUGAUGGAGACUGAGAGACUCGUGCUGCCUCCCCCGGAUCCCUUGAACCUGCCCCUUCGAGCUCUGGAAGUGGGGUGCACCGGGCGCUGGGAGCUGCUGAGCGAGCCUGGGGCUCCAGAGAGCACCCUUCCCCACGGCCUCCCUCCCUGUGCCCCAGACCUGCAGCAAGAAGCGGAGCACUUGUUUCUGUCGUCCCCCGCCUGGCUGCCUCUGCACGGUGUGGAGCACUCAGCUCGAAAAUGGCAGAGGAAGAGGGAUCCAUGGUCUCUUCUGGCUGCUCUGGGGGCUCCCGUCCCGUCCGACCUCCAGGCCCAGAGACACCCAACCACGGGCCAGAUCCUGGGCUAUAAGGAGGUCCUGCUGGAGAACACAAACCUGUCGGCCACAACCUCCUUGUCCCUCCGCCGGCCUCCGGGGCCAGCCUCCCAGUCACUAUGGGGCAAUCCGACACAGUACCCUUUCUGGCCAGGUGGGAUGGACGAGCCCAGCAUGGCAGAUCUGAGCACUCGGGAGGAAGCUGAGGAGGACGUAGACUUUGAGGAAGGUCUUCUCACAGUCCCACCUGGCUUCAGGAAAGGGGUGGAUUUUGCCCCCAAGGAUCACCAGGCCCCUGUGCCAGGGCUGCUCAGCCUCAGCCGCCUGCUGGAGCCUCUAGACCUGAGCGGAGGCGACGAGGAGGAGGAGAGUGAGGCGGCAGGGGGCCCGAGGGGGGACACCGUUCCGGCCUCUCCCCUCAGUGUCCCCCUGGCCCGAGCAAGCAGUCUGGAGGACCUGGUGUUGAAGGAAGCAUCCUCAGCCGUAUCCCUGACGGAGCCUCCCAAACCUGCCGCUCAGGAGCAGUGGGCUGUCCCUGUGGAUGUCACCUCCCCUGUGGGUGACUUUUACCGUCUGAUUCCUCAGCCUGCCUUCCAGUGGGCCUUUGAGCCAGACGUGUUUCAGAAGCAGGCCAUCCUGCACUUGGAGCAGCACGACUCUGUCUUUGUGGCAGCUCACACUUCCGCCGGGAAGACGGUGGUGGCCGAGUACGCCAUUGCCCUGGCCCAGAAACACAUGACCCGCACCAUCUACACCUCUCCCAUCAAAGCCCUGAGCAACCAGAAGUUUCGGGACUUCCGAAACACGUUCGGGGACGUGGGGCUGCUCACGGGGGACGUGCAGCUGCACCCAGAGGCCUCCUGCCUCAUCAUGACCACCGAGAUUCUUCGCUCCAUGCUGUACAGCGGCUCCGACGUCAUCCGGGACCUGGAGUGGGUCAUCUUUGAUGAAGUCCACUAUAUCAACGACGCCGAGCGUGGGGUCGUGUGGGAGGAGGUGCUCAUCAUGCUCCCUGACCACGUCUCCAUCAUCCUUCUGAGCGCCACCGUGCCCAACGCCCUGGAGUUUGCUGACUGGAUUGGGCGGCUGAAGCGGCGGCAGAUCUAUGUGAUCAGCACGGUUGCCCGUCCUGUACCCCUGGAACACUACCUCUUCACAGGAAACAGCCCCAAGACGCAGGGGGAGCUCUUCCUGCUGCUGGACUCCCGAGGGGCCUUCCACACCAAGGGGUACUAUGCGGCAGCGGAGGCCAAGAAGGAGAGGAUGAGCAAGCACGCCCAGACCUUUGGGGCCAAGCAGCCCACGCACCAGGGAGGACCCGCCCAGGACCGCGGAGUGUACCUGUCCCUGCUGGCUUCCCUCCGGGCCCGGGCUCAGCUGCCCGUGGUAGUGUUCACCUUCUCCCGGGGCCGCUGUGAUGAGCAGGCCUCCGGCCUCACCUCCCUGGACCUCACGACAAGCUCGGAGAAGAGCGAGAUCCACCUCUUUCUGCAGCGCUGCCUCGCGCGGCUCCGCGGCUCUGACCGGCAGCUGCCCCAGGUCCUGCACAUGUCAGAGCUCCUUCGCCGGGGCCUGGGUGUGCACCACAGCGGCAUCCUGCCCAUCCUCAAGGAGAUAGUGGAGAUGCUGUUCAGCCGAGGGCUGGUCAAGGUCUUGUUUGCUACUGAGACCUUCGCCAUGGGGGUGAAUAUGCCAGCGAGGACAGUGGUGUUUGACUCCAUGCGCAAACACGAUGGCUCUACCUUCCGGGACCUGCUGCCUGGGGAGUAUGUACAGAUGGCAGGCCGGGCGGGCCGGAGGGGCCUGGACCCCACAGGCACCGUCAUCCUGCUGUGUAAGGGCCGAGUGCCCGAGAUGGCAGAUCUACACCGCAUGAUGAUGGGGAAGCCGUCCCAGCUUCAGUCCCAGUUCCGUCUCACGUACACCAUGAUCCUCAACCUGCUGAGGGUGGACGCCCUCAGGGUCGAGGACAUGAUGAAGAGAAGCUUCUCGGAGUUCCCGUCCCGCAAGGACAGCAAGGUGAGGAGGUUAGGGCAGCCAGCGCAGCAGGCAGGUCUGAACCAGCCAGGAAUAAUUGGGCAUGGCCGCGGGGUGGGGUACAGUAGAGCGGGCUGGGCUGGCAGACUUGCUACAACCCCCCCUUCUCCCCAGGCCCACGAGCAGGCUCUGGCUGAACUCUCCAAGCGGCUGGGGGCCUUGGAGGAGCCCGACGUGACUGGCCAACUGGCCGACCUGCCUGAUUACUACAGCUGGGGGGAGGAGCUGACAGAGACCCGGAACAUGAUCCAGCGACGCAUCAUGGAGUCUGUGAACGGGCUGAAAUCUCUGUCCACGGGAAGGGUGGUGGUUGUGAAGAACGAGGAACAUCACAAUGCCUUAGGGGUGAUCCUGCAGGUCUCCUCCAACUCCACCAGCCGAGUGUUUACAACACUGGUCCUGUGCGAUAAGCCGGCUGUGUCUGAGAGCCCGCGGGACAAGGGGCCAGCCACCGCAGACGUGCCCCAGCCGGAUGACCUUGUGGGCUUCAAGCUGUUCCUGCCUGAAGGGCCCUGCGAGCACACUGUGACCAGGCUGCAGCCAGGAGAUGUGGCUGCCAUCUCCACCAAAGUGCUCCGGGUGAACGGGGAGAAGAUCGUUGAGGACUUCAGCAAGAGGCAGCAACCAAAGUUCAGGAAGGACCCUCCCCUCGCAGCUGUCACCACUGCCGUUCAGGAGCUGCUGCGCCUGGCUCAGGCCCACCCGUCGGGACCCCCGACCCUCGACCCCGUCAACGACCUGCAGCUCAAGGACGUGUCUGUGGUAGAAGGUGGGCUCCGGGCCCGGAAGCUGGAGGAGCUGAUCCGGGGGGCUCAGUGUGUGCACAGCCCCCGCUUCCCUGCCCAGUACCUGAAGCUGCGGGAGCGGAUGCAGAUCCAGAAGGAGAUGGACAGGCUGCGCUUCCUGCUGUCCGACCAGUCACUGUUGCUGCUCCCCGAAUACCACCAGCGUGUGGAGGUGCUGCGGACCCUGGGCUACGUGGAUGAGGCCGGCACGGUGAAGCUGGCGGGGCGAGUGGCCUGCGCCAUGAGCAGCCACGAGCUGCUCCUCACCGAGCUCAUGUUCGAUAACGCACUGAGCACCCUGCGUCCCGAGGAGAUCGCAGCCCUGCUCUCUGGCCUGGUCUGCCAGAGCCCUGGUGACCCUGGGGAUCAGCUCCCAAGCACCCUCAAACAGGGGGUAGAACGUGUCAGAGCUGUGGCGAAGCGCAUUGGCGAGGUUCAGGUGGCCUGUGGCCUGAACCAGACGGUGGAGGAAUUUGUGGGAGAGCUGAAUUUUGGGCUGGUCGAGGUUGUGUAUGAGUGGGCUCGGGGCAUGCCCUUCUCCGAGUUGGCAGGGCUCUCAGGGACUCCCGAGGGCCUGGUGGUCCGCUGCAUCCAGCGCCUGGCCGAGAUGUGCCGCUCGCUUCGAGGAGCAGCCCGUUUGGUAGGAGAGCCUGUGCUGGGCGCCAAGAUGGAGACAGCAGCCACCUUGCUGCGGCGGGACAUAGUCUUUGCGGCCAGCCUCUACACCCAGUGAAGGGCGUGUGGGAGAAAAGUGUAGCAAUAAAACAGGAAACCAGA